AUGGCUGCACAAGACAAGAUUAUGGAAAAUGAGAUGAGCUUGGCAAAAUUAAAAACAUUUCAAGAUGAAGCUCACGAAGAUAUAAAUAAUGAUUUGAAGAAAAUUCAAGAUCAAAUAUACGAGCUUUUAGAAAAACAUCGUAUAGCUCGUUCAAACAUAUCCAAUCUUAGUGAUAAUCAAUCAAGAACAUCUGAACAAUUAGACAUUAUGUUACAAGCUAUACAUGAAUAUGCUCGAUUAAUAGAGGAAGCAAGCUUAACAAUCAAAACACAUUUUGAUGAUGUUGGAUCAACAAUAGAUUAUAAAUCAUAUGAAACAUUAGAUUUAUCACCGUUUCAACCACCACAAACACCAGAUGUAGCUUCUACCACACCAACAAGUGUAGGCGUUAAUUCACCUACAAAUCUCCCAACAACACAAGGUGGAGGAGGUUGCACGGGAGAUGAAGAAGAGAAUAAAAAUCAAGAAACAGAACAGGAAAAGGAUCAACAGCAGCCAAUUCAUCCAUUACCACGCUAUCAAAUUAAACAUCAAAAACUUUUGCUUAUGAGCAUGCGUAGAGCAGCUGUUGGGUUAAAAUUUUUGUUGUAUGCCAAUCAAUUGAAUGAUUACAAAAAUGGAUUUCCAGAUGGUGAAUGUGAUGUAGAUUUAGAUUUUAAUGAGGAUUCAUCUACCACUGAAGAAGUGGUAACAACUACUACUUAUCGAGAAGUUAUUCACGACAAAGAUACAACAAUAAAUACGAAUAACUGUAAUAAUAGCAGUAGCAGCAUUCCGGUGAAUGAAUAUGAAGACACCGAUUUACAACAUAUCGACAUCACAAAGUAG